AGCAUUGCUGGAAGAGUGAUUGGCUUUGCUCUGCAUACAGUAGCAUCUCAGGUCUCUCACCGUAAGGAAUGAUGAUCUGCUCUGCGUACGCUGCUCCUCUACUGCUGGCCAUUCUGCAAACAGCAUCAGAGAGCAUCACAGCGAGCUGCUUCUUCCCAACAUUGCUCUGCUGUCCGAGCCGUGACGACUCAUGCCACCGUAAUGUCUGCUAUUGUGACGUGUACUGCCUCACUGCCAAAGACUGCUGUUCAGACUACAAUCAGACUUGUAAUUCCUCCUAUCCUACCAGAGUCAUCGUGGAAGUGAGAGGCUACCUGCACACACACACAGGAGAGGAGGCCUUGCAGCAACUGGACCUUCUUCUAGAGAACAAACUGAAGGAGUUCUGCAGUAACUGUACAGUACGGAUUCUGAACAAAUCAAUCAUGAAGGACCCUUGAGCGAUGGACACUCAACAGAAGACUGAGCGACUUUUCCGUCACUUAUUCUCUAUAUUACUAAUUCCAUUUAUUCAGUAAUUUCCUUGUAACACAAUUGAUGAACUGACAUAGACCAUGGUCAGCCUAAUCUUAAGACAGGUUUGAAUGGGAAGCAGUGGAGAUGGCAACAACUUGUCUAUCCAGUUGAUCCUUCUUCUAAACUAAAGAACAUGUGAAAUGUGUAGGGACUGCACAGCCCAGACUAUAUGAGGGUUAGAUUUCUAAACAGUCACAAUAAGUGGACCUAUGUAGGCCUACUGGUUUAUCACUUGUGAUGUCAAUAUGGAAAAAGCAAUCAACAAACUGAAAAUAGAAUUUCAAAUCACCCACUAUAACCCCCCAAAAAAUUAACACUGAAUAACCGAUUCAUUGUCUGUCUAUCUUGAGAUUUGAAUUUAUACCAUUUCUUAACAGCACAUAAAGAUGGCAUUACUACUGUUUCACCACUAGAGAGCAGCAUACACUUCAGGGGAAGUUAAUUGUGCAAAGUUACAACACUGUGAAAAAGCUAAACUGAAUCCUAAACCACCUAUAGGCACUAUGAUAGUAACCUAUAAAUAACCUGUUUGAUGAUGAGUAUAUAGCCUACUCUGUACUUCUGGUCAGAGUCAUAUGAGGCCAUAUCUAGCAUGCAUGUAUGUGUCUGUAUGUGUGUGGAAUUUUGAGCAGGUUCCUUGAGCUCUUCUGUUUGUAAUAUAUGGUCUGCACUCUUUAUUAUUAUGCUAAAAUCACAUUGAUGUUGUCCAAGAGCACAAAUCAUUAUAAACCUCUUCAAACCUGAUUUACAACAAAUAGCUGAAAUGAGGAAAUGAGGCGUGCAUGACGUGAUAGUAUCUUAUCACUCACCACCACAUAGCAUCUCACUUUCCCUAAGUACACUGACGGGUUCAUCAUCGUUCACUUUGAUAAACAGUCGUUUUGGAAAAGGCACAGGAAAGAGCAGCAUCUCACCUCUCUCACCGCAUAAGAAUGAUGAUCUGCUCUGCGUAUGCCGCUGCUCUUCUGCUGGCCAUUCUGCAAACAGCAUCAGAGAGCACAGCGAGCUGCUUCUUCCCAACAUUGCUCUGCUGCCCGGGCCGUGACGACUCCUGCUACCGUAAUGGCUGCUAUUGUGACGUGUACUGCCUCACUGCCACAGACUGCUGUUCAGACUACAAUCAGACUUGUAAUUCCUCUUCAAUAAAUUCAACCACUGAACAGCCAACCACCUUUGCACUCACAACUGAAGACAGCACCUCAACAACAAUUAGCAGCAGUCAGUCACCAACAUCCAGUUCAAAGAGUGUAACGACUCAGGAGCCCUUGACUACUACGCAGAAGCAGACAGAGAACACUAUAACCACUGAACAGCUAGCCACUCCUGCACUCACAACUAAAGACAGCACCUCAACAACGUCUCCACUUACCAGCAGUAAGUCACCAUCAUCCAGCUCAAACAGUGAAACGGCUGAGGAACAGAAGCAAGAAGAUCCCACCAGAGUCCUCAUGAAAGUGAGAGGCUACCUGCACCCACGCUCGGAAGACGAGACCGUACAGGAGGCCUUGCAGAGACUGGUCCUUUCUCUGGAGAACACAUUUAAAGAGCAGUGUGGGGAGUGCGCCGUACGGAUUCUGAAACUCAAGGCGAUCACAGAUGAUUCUUAAGGGAUGCCUGUUAUAAACAUUCAGGGUCGGAAAAGACUGAAAGGCGCAGCCUUUUUUAACCAAUAUAAAAUAUAUUUAUAUAUCAUAACA